UCUUCCUCUUCCUCCUCCUCCUCCGCCAGCCACAGGGACUUGCAGAAGCAGCCGAGCUGAUGCCGUGAGGCUGCUCGGACUUGAACCCAUGGGUCGGGGCUGGUAGGGGCUCCAGUGCUGGGGGGUCAGUGGCCGGUGUUGGGGAGGAGGGAAGGAGGUCGGGGCAGGGCAGAGGGAGCAGCCCGGAGCCAUGCCGCUGCAGACGGAGAUCCUGCGCGAGGUCUGGGCUGCCGACAGCUCCAGCGAGCAGCCGGGAAGCCCCCAGCAGCAGAAGCCCAAGCAGCCACGGCUCCUUGCCUUCGACGGGACCCUUCUGCGGGGGCGAGAGGAGAUGGAGAAGCUGAAGAAGAAGCGACAGGACCCUGUGCCGGAGCCCGAGGCCAAGCCCCGGCGGCUGCGGGUGAAGAAGCCGAGUGAGGCGGAGGCUGCGGAGGAGCCCCGUGCCCUGGCACAGGGGGUGAAGAAGCUGAGGAAGAAAAAGGAGGAGAAGGGGGAGGAGGAGACAGACAGGGACCCUUACUCCAAAUUCAGUAGGGAGCCUCGGAAGAAGAAAGAGAGCCCCCCCCUCCGCUCCCGCGUGGCCAAGGGCCCCAAGAAGCAACAAGAGCUGGCCAAGGACUCUGAGGAGGAGGAGGAGGAAGAGGAGGUGGAGAAUAAAGACCUGCCAAAAAAGCUCAAGAAGAAGCUGCCCAAAGAUCCCCCCUCGGGUGAGAGCCGGGAGAAGAAGCUGAAGCCAAAGGGAGACAAGGGUGACCCUGACAGCAAAGCCAAAUCUGCCAAAAGCACCAAGAAGGAGCCGAUGUCCAUGUUCCAGGUAAACGGGGAGAAGAAGGAGAAGAAAAGCAAGAAGAAAGCCGCCACUGGCAGCGAUGAGGAGGAUGAUUCUGACUCCAGCACCAAACCCAUCAGAUCAGAGAAGAAGAAAAACCCCAUGUCCCUCUUCCAGACCGGCGGGGACCCCCCCAAGGAGAAGAGAACCAAAAAGAAAACUCCUCCCAAAGCAGCCGAUAGCGAGGAGGAGACCCCGGAGACCCCGCAGAAAAAUUCCAACAAGAAGGGAAAAGGGAAGAAAUCAAAGAAGUCGAAGGAGGAGAGGGCCCCGUCGCCCGUUAUCGAAGUGGACAACCUGGAGGAGUUCGUGCUGCAGCCAGCGGCGCAGGGGGUGACCAUCAAGUGCCGGGUGACACGGGACAAGAAGGGGAUGGACCGGGGGCUUUACCCCACCUAUUACCUCCACUUGGAUAAUGACAAGAAGGUGUUCCUCCUCGCCGGGAGGAAGCGUAAGAAGAGCAAAACCUCCAACUACCUCAUCUCCAUCGACCCCACCGACCUAUCGCGGGGGGGAGAGAACUUCAUUGGGAAGCUGAGAUCCAACCUGAUGGGUACAAAGUUCACGGUGUUCGACAACGGGGCCAACCCCGACAGGGCCAACGCCGACUGGUCCAACGUGCGGCAGGAGCUCUCGGCCGUGGUCUACGAGACCAACGUUUUAGGGUUCAAAGGCCCCCGGAAGAUGACGGUCAUCAUCCCCGGGAUGAACGCUGACAACGAGAGGGUGCCCAUCCGGCCCCGAAACGAUAACGACGGCCUCCUGAUGCGAUGGCAGAACAAAAACAUGGACAACGUGAUUGAGCUGCACAACAAAGCGCCGGUGUGGAACGACGAGACCCAGUCCUACGUCCUCAACUUCCACGGCCGCGUCACCCACGCCUCCGUCAAAAACUUCCAGAUUGUGCACAGCAGCGACCCCGACUACAUCGUGAUGCAGUUUGGGCGUGUGGCGGAUGACGCCUUCACCAUGGACUACAACUACCCGCUCUGCGCCGUGCAGGCCUUCGCCAUCGCCCUCUCCAGCUUCGAUGGGAAGCUGGCCUGCGAGUAGCGCCCGCGCCGGGGCUACCAGGGCCACCGGGGCCACUUGCCGGUGUCUGGUGGAUGCUCUGGCACCCCCGUCCUGCUCCACUCCCUCUGUUUCCACCUUUUGCCCAGCGAAGGCUUGUGGUUGCAGCCGCUCCUGGGAGGGUUUGAGGGGCACGGUGCCCGCGGAGCGCCGUGGGACGCCUGGUCAGCCACGGGCCACCCUCUCCAGGGAGAUUUGGGACAUGUUGCAGGUCUGGGGCAGAUGGUAGGGUCAGGCCCGGGGUAUAUUUAGCAGAUGAGGCUGACUGAGAUCCCAAUCUCAUCCCUUUGAGACGUUUCUUGGACUCAGAUCCUGGAAACUCAUCCCCCUUUUUAUUUUUUUUUUUUUUUAGAUUCUGGUUUGUAUUUUGUAGCUCAGUCUCUCAGUGAGAGGGGGGUUGGUGGUCUCCUCGGUUUGUGUUUCCUCAUCCCUCUGUGCGUGUGCACAGACAGAGCCCACGUGUGGCUGGGCUCUGCCCAAGCUCCUGGCGAGGGACCCUCCUGCCCCGCUCGAUGCCCACUGGGCACCAAAUCCUUUUUUUUGCCCCAUUUUGCUGUGCGGUGCCUGUGGUGUUUUUGCACACCCCAGGGCUCUUCACCCACUGGGUCUAACCCCUCUGCCUGGAGACCUUUGGGGAUUUGGGUCCCUGAGGAGCAGCCUGGCACCCAGAGCACCGGUGGCACGCGGGCACGUGCCGAGAGAAGCCGGUGUGGGCGGGGGAGGGCUGGUAGCCACGUGAGACAGAACCGGCAUCGCCAGCACGGGGCUGGGCUGGGUCGGUGCCACCAGGAGGGACCUGGAAGGGAAAACUCUGGGUGCACCAGGAAGCGCCGAGGUGACUCACGAGGUGUGGUGCGGCGCUGAGUCACGCUCAGCACCCGGCCGGGCCCCGCCGAGCCCCCCGUGCCCCCGGCGCUCUGCGGCAUCCCUGUGGUUCACACCGGGCCAGGGGUCCCACGGAGCCCCGCAGGGCCCCAGUGUCCCCACUGCUGGGACUGGCCCCAUUGGUGCUCCCUGCUCGUGGGGAGGUGCCACACCGUGGCACUGACCCAUGGGGUGUCACAGGGGGCUGCGGGGAGUCACUGGGAAGGGGAAAUGUUGCAGAAGGGCAGCUCAGGGGGAGCAGGUCAGUCCUUGCCCCCCAUUUCCAGCACAACCCCACCUUUGUGGGGUGAAGAUUUGGCUGCACGGACAGUCCCAAAUCUGAUUAAUUCAGUGGUGAGAGACACUGGGACAUGCUAAGGUGUUGGCAUCCCAAAACACCAUCCUUGACUCCCUGAUAACGCUUCUCUCACCUGCUCAGCUCAAGCACUGACCCCAGGGGGCUCAUACAACUUGGGGUCCCCUUCCUGGGACACAUAUAGGUCUUUUACCCAUUCUGGGGUGACCUGAGCCCCCCACAUUAAUACUAUGAGAGGUAGCCAGGGCGGAAAAGCCAAGGAGUGGGAGAUGGAUGAGACAGAGGCCGUUGUGCAAGGGGGAUGCUUGUCCUCGCUGGGCAGUGUCACAACGCUACCAUGGCCCAAACCCGUCCCUGCGCAGGGCUGGGGACAGUUGACAGUGACAGUGGGACCACGAGCCACAGUCGGACCUCUGGCAAACAUCUGCCCCAGUGGCUUUGCAGACGGAGCUGAGAUUUUCCCACCAGCUGCGUGAAUCCAGGCUCUGUGAUUCAUCGGCAGACACUCGUGGUGGGGGCAGACGGGGGCGGAUGCUCGGGGACAACGGGCCAGCGUGGGAUAUCGUGAAACUUUCUUGUGAGCUAAAGGGAGAACCAGCCGCCACGGUUUGGGGCCAGCGUCCCCUGCCUAGGUAUGGCCAGCAAAUGUGGGGAAAGCAAGAGCUUUCUGCCCAAAUCCAGCCACAAACCCAACAUCUGUUUGAAAUUGGGAAAAACCUCGGCUAACGUUUGAGCUAACGCUUGUCCCCUUUUCCUCUGGUGGAAGCAGAGAAGCCAAAGCAAGCGGAGAAAGAGGGAUUUGGGCUCCCCAAGCUCUCACUGGAUCACGAGCUGCCGUUAUUCCAGCUGCUUCCCAGGAAGUUUCUCCCUCCCCUCACCCAAGGAGUCCCCGUGUUGCCCAUUGUUGCUUGCAAACCCCUCGGGAUUCCCAGCCUUCAGCCCAAGCGGAGCAGAAAACCAGCCACGGGUGUCCAUGGCCGUGCCACGCCAUCCCAGAACGCAGUCACCGCACCAGCCGCCCACCCCAAAUCACUUACACAAACCCUCUAACCCAAACCAACUGCGGCACAAGAAACAAAUGAAAACAAUUUAAUAGGGCGAUGGAUAUUCGGGCCCUUUGUUUGCGCUGGCUGUUAACACCAGAGGAGAUGAGGAAUGGAAGCAGCCGAAAUGUGUAUCUACUUUGGCCGACGGAAAGUGUGACGGAUGCGCCGGCAGACCAAUGGCUGAGGAUGCUGGGGUGUGCGUGGGUGUGAAAGGAAUGCUCUCUGCAAGAAAAGAUCAAAAAAAAAAAAAAAAGGAGCCUUAUCAACCGCGUUUGAGCCCAAAGUGUGUGUCUUCCAUGGAGAAGGGGUUUUCUCAAUCCCCAGGGAUUAUGUUUUUGCCGCAGCGGGAGACUUUGAGGCUUCUGAAGCUUUAUUUUAGGGGGCUGGUGUUAGGCUGGUGGUGCAGGGAUGGAUUUAACCCCACGAUGCGCUCAUCGGGGGCACGAGCACUCCUCAAGGGAACCUCCUGCGAAACGCAUUUUAUUUUUGCAAAGAUGGGUAUAAGGCGAAGGGGCGGGAAAAGAAAAAAAAGUCCCACCUCGAUGCUGAGCGUCACAUCCUCACUAGGACCAACGUCACCGCGGCGCCGGUGGCUCUCGCAGGCGGUGGGUGCCGGCAUCCCCAUCCCGUGGCGAUGAGCAGAAAGAGGCUGGUCCAGAGCUGAGCAGGAGGAGGAAGUGGGGGGCUCUUCUCCACCCCCUCGCUUCUCCCUCUGCCCCAGACCCCCAGGGCUCGGCAGCAGGGGGGGGCUCCAUGCACCCAGCCCUGAGCACAGGCUGAGCCCCUGCACUCUUGGGGGGGGGCUGGGGGUGUUUCUGUGGGGGUCCAAAAGGCCCCAUCGGCCGCUGCAUCCCGGCAGGUUCAGGAGGGGAGGCCUGAGCGGGGAAACUCCUCGCCCGGGUGGAAGAGCCGGAGCUGUUUGGUUGCCAGCGAGUGCCCUGCCCAGCAAAGAGCAUCGCCUCAGCCCCGGGGGCUCUCGUCCCCUGAAGUGGUGAUACAUUAAUUAAUCAAAGUAGUAAUCGUGAUGGGGUGUUUUUGUCUCCCCUUCCCCUUCCCGUGUAUUGCUUUCGGUGACAUUUUUUAGAGGGAAAGGCAGACUCGUGACUGGUAAGCUGGGCUGUGGGUUUGCAGGAUGGGCUCCUUCUCGGCACAGCAAGCUACAGGCAGUAAGGGGAAAGCCAAUAUUUUUCAACUGCUUUUAAAAAGGAAUCAUUUUUUAAUUAGUGAAUCCAUUCUGGAGAAGUGUUGGAGUUUUACAGUGUUGUAGCUGUUCUUGGUGUCUUGCCUAGACUUGGAUGUUCUGGCCAUAAGAAAAUAUUAUUUAUGGCGUUGCUGCUUGCAGCUCUUUUAUAUUAUAAUUUGGGAAAGGAAGUUGCUGUUCCCACCAGUGGACGAAGAAUAGCAGAAACGAGGAUUACGGACUUCUGAAGGAGGG